CCUCAUUUGACAUAUUUUGCAACUUUGUGGACGUAUUUAUGUUAUUAAGUUUUUUAUUUAUUUUUUUGUCAAUUUCUAUCGUUGCCCCAUUUUACAUAUAAUCCCAAUGCCAUUAGGAUUGAAAGAAACAAGGUUGGAAUGUGUUUAAGCAAUAUGCAUAGAAUCUUCAGGCCAACUAUGCCAUCAAGCUAUGAUUAGUGGUUUCCAACAUUAGAAAUGAAAUGAUAUUCCUUCUGAAUGAGAUUCACUUUUGGACCACCCAGGAGGAUGUGAUAAUCAAACAUUCUGACUAUGUUUCAUUCAAAUACUAUGCCAAGAAGGAACCAGAUGACUCAAUCCCAUUUCAUGCCAAAAAGGAAUAUUGUGAACAGAGAGGACUCUUAUGGAUUCCUCCAAAUAAAAGACCUCAAAGAUUACGAGAUAGUAUAAGGGAAUUUGAAGAAUACCUUAUACACAAUAAAAUAAUAUACUUUUUAUGGGAAGAUAGUAAACUGAAGCUCCUUUUUUCAAAUGGGUUGAUAAUUACUAUUAAUAUUAAUAGCAAAACAGGAGAUGUAACAAAUAUUGCAUUUGAUAAGCAACUAUUAUCAAAGCUUCAAGUUAACAUUAUUUGUGAUGGUACAAUAAUAGACAACCAAGUAAUAUCAAUCUGCAAUGAUGGUCACCUAUUAGGCUUUGGGGGAUUAUGGAAAGAUGGAUGGAUCCUGGAAGGAGGUCCCAGGAGAAAACUCAACUAUUAUGGAGAAUGGUUAGCAGUAUGGGGGAAGGCUGGUGCAGAUCACCCACAACCUUGGAGCCCUCUGGCAAAAGAUCACCAAAGCGCCAAUCUUCAUUUGUACUGGAUUGGUCCCAGGGAACCUGAAUUGUUAGCCUACAAAAAGACUGAAGGAGAUCCUUUGCAAGUUGUGGUUAGCAAAAGGUGUAGCAGAACUCUGAUUCUCAUAGAGCAGAAAGUUACUUUGAGAGGAUCUGUAUCUGUUGAAGUCAGCACAUUUGAAUUAGCUAGCAAUAUCCUCAAACGCAUCACAGUUACUUCAGUGCCCCUUCAAACACAAGUUAGUUGCACCACGUUAAGUAACUCUGAAGACCGACUACUAAUCUGCUGCAUAGAUGGCUCUCUUGCAUUACUAGAUCGCAACAGAGGGUCUACAAGAACAAUCAAAGCAGCAUUCAUCCCAACGUUUGCAGUUUGGCACCCCUCAGGUGCCAUUAUGGCUAUUGCAAACGAAAGAGGUCAGCUGCAGUAUUACGACACGGCGUUGAAUUGUGUAAAGUCUCAGUUUGCGGGAGAAGAUAACACUCCCACAGCAUCAGUAGAUCUGUCUAGUUACUUCAACUUACAGUUUAGUGUGGCUGGUAUCAGUUGGGGCCCAAAAGAUUUGGUCAUUGCUUUUGAGCAAGGGCCUGUAGCUGUGCUAACACAUGUGGAAGGUUCUAUGGUAUUUAAAGGGCUGAUUCACAGGUAUUUGCAAACUAAUAAUGUGGAUAAAGCCAUCAAACUGCUCCUAAGCUGGGAAUUCAACCAAGAUGCUUAUGCUGCACUCCAAAAAAUAGUGGCCUAUCUGAUGAGAAAGCCCUUAACUGAUGAUGUUGCUCAGCAUUUACAAAUUGCGUUGGGCAGUUACCAUAAUAGUCCAAUACCUUUGAGUUCGCAGAUAAGGCACAGGUUUGGACAUAGGGUUGCAUCUUUAACGAGGAGAUUCUUCCACACAUUGGUACGAGCGGAAAUGUUUGAAACUGCCUUUCUCUUGGCCGUGGAUAUGGCACACCAUGAUCUUUUCAUGGAUAUGUAUUACAUUGCUGUCAAGAUAGGCGAAACUGAAAUGGCUGCAGCUGCGCGAGCUCAAGCUUCUGCAUUACUCAGUAGAUGCUCCAGUGAAGCUUCAAACUGUUCCCGAUCAUCGUGCUCUCAGUGCUCGGAGACUUCGAGCAGUUCGAGCAACGUCUGCGAGGAAGAAGCAACCAAUGAGGAGGAUAUGCCUCAACCAAGCAACAAAAACGACUACCUACCUCUACCUCUGAAUCCCGACAACUGUCUUGCAACCGAUUUCAACCAACCUGAUCCCACUACAUACAAACCAGAUCGACCAGUGACGUCACAGAGUAGCGAAUACCAAAGACCAGUGCCUAGAGCGACUUACGUGAAAGCCCCGCAAGUACCAAGUACUUUCACAAAGACGAGUACGAAUUAUAGGGCGGGGAUCCCUUCGGCGACGCCUUAUGUUCCGCCUUUGCCAAAUGUGUCUAACAAUACAGGGUUGCCUUAUCCGAGUGUCUUCAGUCAAACGCAGAAUCCUUACUUGAGUGGUACCUCGUUCAAUGGAAAUAUGUAUCCAGUGUCAAGUAGUUAUAUACCAAAUAUUCCCAAUUUGAUGCAACAUACAGGGGUUACUGCGUUUGGCAGUGUGAGAAGGUCUUUCCCACCAUUAGUACCUGCUGUAUCAUCCCCCAACCUAUCUGACCAUGAUUUUUUUAAUUCGAAUAUCGCUCAAAAUAUUCAGUCCACCUCUAGCUUUAACUUAGCCUCGAUUAGUGAAUUUAAUGCGUCGAGUAUGAACAAAAAGCAUCAAGCAAAAGUGAAAUUCUCUGAUACUGUGACUGCAUUCAUAGUACCUGAGGUAAAAAGACCGCAAAGACCACCGCCACCUCCCCAUGUUGCCGAAUCUCAGCGUGAGUUAGCAGAUAGUUUGCCACUUUGUCAUCCGAACGAAGAUUAUCUAAAGGAUUUCACUCCAGUGAGGAAAGAAGAAAAUAAAAGUACUGAAAAUACUCAGCCGCCAAAAAUAAAAGUGGUGCAUUUUGGGGUAGUAUAACGUGAUUAUUUAUUAUUAUUUUUUGCUGUUGGAUCUGCACAUAUGAUAUCAUUGCAAAGACAAGCAUUGUUGAUUACUUUUGCAAGACAGCGUUACUUAAUACAUUUAACAGUACUGUAUUGUUGUAUUAAGGCAGCGGCAUAUCUGGAAAAUAUUGUUGAGGGUACAUAUGUUGAAUUUAAAAUUAGCCGCUCAAAAAAGUACUGGGAGACAGGAGCUCAAACAUGUACGUUUCGGGGGGUAUCGGCAAUUGAAAAUGAAAUUACAGAGCAGGAGAGGUCGAUUUGCAAAUUGAAAAACAUAUUCGAAAUUUGGGGUCCGGACCCACCCUAGAUCCUCCUCUGUAUUCAAGUAUUCCGAGUCGAUUAUUCAUGAUAAUAAAGGGUGUCCCGCGUAAAAUUUUGACCUUUAAAAUUCAAUAUAAAAAAAUUACAUUGUUUUCAUUUCUUUUUAUUUCAAUAAAAUGGAGCAUAAUAACGCGGAUUUCAUGUUUCAAAAAUGAUAUCGUCCAAAUGUUUUCUCAAUGCACUCGGAUGCUUAUAUUUGAAAUUACGCGACGGUAAAACUCUGGAUGUAAUGAUUUGAACUUUACGGCGAAUAUUGUCCUGCAGGGCCUCGGUUCUUCGGGGUUAUUGUAAACCUUUGAUUUGAGGUAUCCCCAUAAAAAGAAAUCACAAGGAGCAAGGCGCUACGGAAUGCUGAUCACCUUAUUCGGAAAAAUUGUUCUUAACCUUUCCGCUAGCUGUAUGCGGAGUCCUUCUUGUUGAAAUAGCGUUCUAUUGUAAUCUGGAUACAGCUGCAAUUGCGGCAAUAGAAAUCUGUAUAUCACACGGAGUCUCUCUCCUUGGUUCAAAAAUAAGUGCCGAUUACCCUGCUGGCUGAAAUGACACACUAAACUGUUGUUAUUAAACAAUGUUUUUGCUGGCAUUCUCUAUUGUUGUUGGGGCGCCAGUAUCUAAUAUUUUGUUUAUUAAAAAAUAUGUUUUCUAUGGGUGCUAUCUGAAAACGUUAAAGCAUUGUUUUUGUGAAGUUUUCUCGCAAAAGUUAGUCACUUUCGUUGAGGCCCUCAACAUUUUGUAUGGGUGGAACUUUAAUUUUCCUUCCAAAAUAGCAUGCACUAUUAUUUUUUGUAUUCCAGUGGCCGCAAUGUGCCUGAUUUACGUCGAUUUCCAGAAAUUUCAUUUGGAACUUGAGACGCAUGUUCUGGCGUUUUUGCUGACGUCAAUGGUCCCAGAAGAGUUCUGUUGACCACUAUCCUUUUUUGUCUGAAUCUUUUUACCCACCGCCAGAGAAAUUGGGUGCUCGGUCCAUCACUUAGUCGUCGAAUAUUGAAAUGAGUACAAAAAGGAUAUCAUGCGCGUGCCAAUGAUCCACCUCACUUAAGAUAUUGAUCGACCUCGAAUGCGCGGUGUGCCUCCGACCAAUGACCCAUGGCGACUAACAAUUCCGCAAAUCAUGUGCUUCGAUUGAUACCCCUCCCUCCUACCUCACCCCGAUAGCAUUUCCAGAUUUGCAAUCCUCUUCGGCCCGAGGAAAAAAAAUCGAAAAUAUAUUUUAACUUUAUAUACAGUAUUGAAAACAGCUUAAAGAAAGUAAAACUACCAAUAUUUAUACAAAAAAUCUUUAUUUUUCCAAAAAAAAACGUUAGUCCAGCCUGCUGUACAUGAGGUGUCAAUUAAUACAUAUUAACAUUACAAAGUAUUUAAAGUAUUUGUUAUGCCGGAAAAAGAAAUAUGAUAUGUGUAACCACACAAACAUCAGCUUAAGAAUUAAAUUAAAAAAAGCACUGCCAUUGGGGCUAAAUGCAUAAAAACACUUGGCAUCUAUGUAGAACAUUGAAAUCGAGUUUUUCCUUCGCAGUUUUUAUUACAUCUCAUGAAUUUAUUUUUAUCGUCCACGGCGCAUAUUGGCAAAUGUUUAUUUGAUGGCCUCCUAACAUCUAUUGGAGAAAUGGAGUGUGAUGGCGUUGGUUUAGUUACUGGCACAUAUUUUGGAGGCUCAAAAUCGACACCUAUUUGGAUGGUGAUUGUCAAAUCCAUUAUGUCGCGGUUAGGGACUCCUAGGGACUUCUGGUCUAAUCGAUACUCCAACCACGAGUUUACAAUCGCCAAAUCAAUGCAGUUCACAAUUGCCAAAUGAAUGCAGUGAAAUAUGAAUCUAAUUGUCCACUUUUUUGUUCUUUGUGACAUUCUGUAAUGAGAAAUCAUUCUGGCAUUAGGAUCAACCCCUCCCAUUGUACUGUUGUAUGCACUAAUACAGUUUGGGCGCUGAAUUAUGUAAUUUCCUGUUUUUCGAUCCCAACGUUGAACAUCUGUAAUUGGCUGACUACCAUCUGAUGAUGAUAAAACUAAAAUCGAUCUAUUAUCUAUCCAUUUUAUAAUGACGAGUCGUCCAUCCUGUCUUACAAUUUCUUGGAAACGCCCUCUACCUUCUGUCAUAAGGCCUUUGUCUGACCGAAUAUAUUGUUUGGCUGUGUUUGGAAUUCUAUUAAUAAUAGUGCCUACUGCGUUAACUUUUUUCUCUUGUAGAUAAUCAAAAAGCUGACAGGAAGUGAAAUAUCUGUCCAUAAAAAUUGUACUUCCAGGGCUGAUAUUCCCGUUAACUUUUUAACAACGCUCCCCCCAAUACCAUGUUCUGGUUCAGGUUUUCCUGUCGGCCAAGUGGCAGCUGUAAACAGUAAAACCCAGUAGGUACCAAUCCUUGAGGAGUAGCGAAACAAAGCCUACUGUAUUUAGGUUUGUUUUUUACAUACUGCCUCAGAACAGAUUUUCCCGUGAAUGGGAUUUGUUCGUCAAUACUUUUAGCUCUUUUGUAUGAGACAGAGUAGUCCACUUUUUUUAAGGGCAUCUAUUAUUGGUUGAAUCUUCCACAAUCUAUUAUUCUUCUUAGUUUCAUCCGAUACUUCAUUGUUUACUUAGUGCAUGUCAUUUCGAAGCUUGAACAGCCUUUCGCGGGAUAAAACGGUAGCUGCAGGAAUUUUCAAUAAAUUUUUGUAAUACAUUCGGACUCUGGGUAGUUUGAAGCAUCCCAUAAUGAUACAAGAACCGAUUAAUUUUUUGUAUUCUGUUGGUGUUGCACGAAGUGGCGGAAGACUAUCUUACAUCGUACGAGUAUUGCUUUGUGCUGCCGUUAAGUUCCAAAACUCGUCAUCUAAAUAUUGACGGAAGUACUGGUAUGGUGACCAUUUUCUUCUUUCCUGUACAUGGUCCAUUACUUCAAUAUUGUCUGGUUCAAAAGCCCUGUUUUUCCACUUCAUUUUUUUCUUUCCAUGUUAGUUUUAUUUUGGAAAAUUUCCUAAUAACUGCUAACGGAAUGUUGUCGUCAUCUGAAUCCGAAUUCUCACUAAUGACGUUAUUAUUAUCAACGGUCCGGUUGUCAAAGACCACAGUACUCUGAUCAAAAUAUACCAAAUUCUAGAGAAUCCAAUAAUUCAUCUUCAGAAUCGGUUUCAAGGUGUCCGUUAUGUGCUAGAAAACCUUCGUUCUCAUCUUCGCUACUAAAGUCUCCUUCGCUGUGAUCCCAAAUAUUCUCUAACUAGUCAUCUGUCAAUGCUGCAUGUUCAGCUUAUUUUCUAAAAUGUAAUCUAAAAAGUCUGUUAACCCUUAACCGGUCACGUGAAUUUUUGGUGCAUUACCGGUCAGGUGCAGUCUGUGGGACUGCUGUUUUUUGUUGCCAGAUAAAUGAUUUGUUUUCAGAUGUAGGAACUUGGUUUUGUAGAAGAAACACCCUUAGAAUGUGUGGAAUGUAUAUUUGGAAAAAUAAUCAGUAGAUCCACAGCAAAUAAAACAUUAUUCAAGAAAUAAUACAAACCAACUCAGGAAAUUGAAAAAUAUGCACUUUUUCAAAGUAACGUAAAAUUAAACUCACAAAAGACAGAAACCAGAUUUUUUACAGCAAUCGUGAGAAAAGAUAGCAAAUAAUACAUUUCUGCAACUAUAUCGAAUUCAAAUAUAAAAACAAAAGUCUGAGCAGGCCUCAAAUGUCGGCACUGUUUACGCAAUUAUUGCACUUAGGCUUGGAGCACUGUAGACAAACUGGUAACUUACACUGCACACAUAGGUACUUGGUCAUCCUGUGUGUUGUUUUAUGACACAAAGAACAUGCCCUGCGUUUCUGUAAGACCAUCUCUUCAGUUUCCACAUUCACAUGCUCCUCAGGCUUACCAAGUGUGCGCGAUAUCAUGUAGCGCAGUUCACGGGGUUAGCAGACUUUUCCCGAAUGAUUUCAUUAUCUCUGUAGCACUGAUGCAAAAUGUACGAAUUAACCACAGAUAUAUCCAGAAUGCGGAAAAAAAUUACUAACGGCCAUCUCUUUGAACACUUUUCGUCCAAAAAGUCGACCCCUCCUUUGUUAUUAUUGUAAUACGUGAUGAUCUCCGGCUUUCUAGUUUCGGGAUCAGUAUACAUUUUUUCGUGCCUUGCUUUUCUUUCCCGCGUAAGAAACCAUCGUACUUUCUUCGCGAAACCCGUAAAGGGCAGAUCCAACUUCUCUUGCAUUGCGUGGCUGAAAUUCAGGCGGAAUCUCCCUCUUAUUUUUUUUCAUUGUCCCAACGUACGUAAGCCAGAACAGAAAAUCCAAAAGUUUAAUAGAUGAAAACCAAUUAUCUGCUGUUAUAUUUCUAUUUGUACCAAACAACGGCUGUACGAGCCGUAUGACAGAUUGCGUUGGCUUUGAAAAUGUCUUAUAUUCUGGAGCAAGCCCUGUUCCGUCAGAAUCUCUGCCACAGUAUACAUAUGCAUUAUAAAGAUAACUAUUCGUAGCAUCUGUAAGGGCCAUAAUUUUUAUUCCGUAUUUGCAUGGUUUCAUUGGCAUAUACAUGUUGAAACGAACCGCACCCCUGAAGCUUACCGACAUUUCGUCGAAUGUCGCUGAUUGUCCCAUUCCAUAGCGAUUUUGACAAUUCUUUAUGAAUGCGUUGAAGAUUUGGGAAAUAGGGGCCAAGGGAUCUUGUUUUUUCUCUCUUCUCUGUCGAAUGGAUUAUCAAAUCUCAGUGCCACGAGAAGUACAUCAAAGCGUUUUGCACUCAUCACAGCCCUAAAUAUAUCGCGGCCUGUUCCGUCGGUGGCAAAAAUGAGUUCUAGGUUCUCAUGAUUGGAUUUGAAAACAGAUGUAAAAAUCAAAAGCCCCAAAAACGCCUUCAAUUCAAUCAAAUCUAUAUCAUUCAAAUGACUUGUUUUUUCUUUGUAUUCUUCUCUCAUUUUGCCAAUUUUGUCAUUUGUCCAGGUUACGAUUUGCAGCAACAUUUCGUCAGUCACAAGCAAUUUCCAAACAGACGAUGGAUUGCAUUUGCUCCCAAGUGACUGCGUUUUUCUUUUUAGAACCGGUACCUUCGUGACGAUAUUACAUUUCCUAGUUCGCGACGAUGGCUUGACUUCGGAUGCACACCAUCUGUACCGAUUCUUCCCAUAGAAAUAUUUCUUCUCACAUAUUCCUUCUCUUCUUAUAGUAUUGCCUCGUGAUGCGUCACUUGCCCGAUUAUCAGACUCUGAGUCGGAUGAUUCACUUUCAGACAUUUCGCUAUCAGUAUCAUGCUCCGAUAAAAUGUACUCAUCUUCUGCAACAUCUUCAACAUCACUGUCUUCUUCGUCUACUUCACGAAACGUACAACCGACACAGUUUCUCAAGGGAAUACAAAUAAAAUGUGACCAGUAGGCUGGACAGAAGGACCAAAGAGGUUAAGGUGGAAAAAUCCCUUCAUAUCUACUUUCAAGUAGCUAUUCAUCCAGUUCAUCUAACCUCUAGCCUGCUUAAAAAUGAUUUCCCAAUUUGAAUAUUGCUGAAAGUAUAAAGUAGGUUUAUUCUAUUCUUCUAUCGAGCUAAAUCUUCGUCCAUUCGAUUGGUCCCACCCAUAUAUUUAUUAUACAUUCCAACUGCAUGUGGGCGUGGAACUUGUAUGAUUUUCUUUUCUGUUUGGGCGUAUCUCUUGACAUGGUGCAUGGGAUUCAUAAUAUCGUUCUCCUUAUCAAUUUUUGCCGAAACCUACCGCAUAUGGUUCAUUUGGUCGUGGCGAUUUACCGUGAUAGAUAUCAACAUUUACAAGGUAGCUGUUUUUAGAGUUCAGGCACCACACUUUGUAACCAAAUCGAAUUGGCUUUCAUCUAAUGAACAGCUAUGUCGACCACAGUAUUUUAUCAUGGACUCAUCAUAGUUCAUAUCGUCGGGUUACUGCCAAAACCAUAUAACUUACAUUUUUAUAGUUUUUAGAUAUUGGGGUUUUAAACUUUGGUUUUAGAUUAAAAAUCACACAAUAGAAUUAAAAACUAUUUUUUUCACAAACUAAAUUUUAAUGGAAUUAUGAACAAAACAGCAAAAAAUAAUCAUCACAUUUGAAGAAAUGACUACUUAUUAACAAAAAACGCAAUUUUUCUUGCACUUAUCUUUUUUUAGCCAUUUAAUUCUUCCGACUCCGGUUCUUCUUCGGGAUCAGAAUCCUCCGCUGCUGGUCUUGGAACAAGAUUCUUUGCUUCUUUGGAGGUCGGUAGCGAUUUAUAGUAAUAAUGAUAUUCUUCAGGAAUAACAUUAUUUUUGCAAAGUUUGAGCAAAUCUUGCUUUUUCUUUGUUGAUAUUGGUCUGUAUUUUUAUAUGCAUUCGUUAUUUCAGUUUGGUUUGGCUGUAUAGGUCGACCUUUACCCAAAACGUUUAUUUCCAUAUAAUCGGAUGUAUGAUCGUACCUAUACUGUAAUAUCCAAGGCUUGGAUUUAGUGUACUUUAAGCCAAUAAACUUUUUCGUCCUUGGUGUUCUUCAAUUUGUUUUUCAUUAGACUUUUCUAUAAAUUUUCUAAAUUUAAAAAAUCAUUAUGUUUUAACUCUUUUAGCAGCAUAACAAUCUUCUUUUCUUGCUUUAUGAGCCUCAUAAUCAAUUUCUAGCUAUUUUCUUUUUUCCAUAUUGUCGCUGGUUUUGUACUGCAUACAGAUUAGACAUUGGUCCUUCUUUGGUUUAUAAAAUGCGUAAUUAUAGUUUGUACAAAAUACUCUUCUGUACGUGAUCAAUAAGACUGGCUUCAAAUCGUCUUUUUCGCGUAACUCUUUAUAAAGUGAAUGCAUUCUAGCAAUGCUUAAUUUUGGGUCAAGAUAAAGACGUUUAGUAGAUUUUCUACUAUAAUGGGAUUCCAUUACUGGAAAACUUUCUAUGUGCUUUUUUACUAUUUCUAGGUCUUCUGCCUUCGUUUUAUUACUAGGUUCGUGCUUUCCCCUUUUAUCAUUAGCAACAAAUAAUCAUUCUUCUCCUUUGUGUAGAAACGCGUGUUUCACUACUUCUUUACCUAUACAUAGGUUCUGUUAAAGAAUUUUUUACAGACACGUAUUCUUGUAUCACCUGAAAAAAGGUAGCUUUUGGAAUCUGAUCUGGCUCUUUUGUUGCUGGUGCGUAUUACUUUUUUUCUGACGGGAACAUUACUUUCAACAUUACUUAAAAUAAAGUCUUUUCUGCGAAUAAAAUCGCAUUUCCAAUAGUUUUUGCAAACUUUAAAACGUUGUUCAGUGGUUAUAUUUUCCGAGUACUUAAACCGCCAUUUUGUGCGAUCGACGGGUUUAGGAGCCUUCCCCUCAAUUCUUUGACGUUUAACUAGAUUUUUUUCCACUGAUUUUGAUUAGACUUUUUCCAUCGACUUGUUCUUGUAACAGCAGAUGUCAUUUCAAUAUCAUUGUUAUUCAUUGGUGGAUCGUCUGCAACAAAAAAGUACUGUAAUAUUACUCUUUGUGACUGAAUAUUGAACUUACCCUGGUCUGAGUCGUACUCUGAAGCUGAAGAUUCCGGAACAUAGUCCUUAUCCUUUAUGGAACAGUCGGAAUCUCCAAACAUAUUGUCCAAUUCCGCAAGAAUCUGUUCUUGUUCUGAUUUCAGAGUCGACGACAAAUCAUUAUUUUUAUCAUUUUUUUCACCAGAUAGGUCCGCUACUUAAUUUGGAUGAUUUUCUCCCACUUCAGCGCAGUCUGCUUCUGGUAAAUUUAAAUUUUCCCCACUUUCGCCUAAUACAGCAACAAAAACAGAAAAACAAUAUGGGUGCAAUGUUCUUAUGUGAAAUAUCUCUCACGUCUUUUGUACUUCUAGGAUCACAAGCAAAAUGAAUAAUCGGUAAUAUUAUUCCUCAACUCAACAUUUAGAAAUAUCUAACAUUAUGCCGAGUAUUGUUUUGCGUUGAAACUAAGCUACUCGGUGCUCAAUGACCCGACAAAAAUACAGCGUGCAAAUUACAUAGUUAAAACUCCACCAAAAUUGAGUAAAACCUUACCUGCAGCUGGUUCUUUACCAGUGGCCAUGAUAACAAGAUACAUGCCACGAGACAACAUGCUUUCGAAAUAUGUCUUUCACUAUAACUCGUUAUAAACUACUUAGAAAUGCCGGAAUACUACACUGCGUAUUACCAUGUGUAUAAGCAGUUUUCAGGUUAUGUUUGCUAUGAUAUACUGCCAAAACAAGACAAGUGCGUGUUUAAUACAACUAUCACACAGACAGAUAACAUAUUGUGUACAAGCAAAACAAGAUAACUACCACAUAUCUGAAAAAAUCCUUGAUUUGGAUUCACACUGGUACAGCAAAAACCCGAAGUGGUACUUAUCUCAUUCUGACUCUAAAAUCCUUAUAUAAGCACUGAAACAAAACUGUCAAAAUCAGAAAGUGGCUAAUGACUUAUUUUCGCUGUAAAGAAACUAGCAAUUCUGUACUGUAAUUCGAACGUCGUUAAUCGCAAGUGCACAUGUCUUGUAGCUGUACUUAAGGGUCUCAUAUUGAAUUUAGUCGUUUUUUUGACACAUGCCAACAACACUCUUCCAUACAAUAUGAGGAGGAGAAGAUAUCUGGUUUUGUCACAACAUAAAUUGUACCAUUUUAGUUACAAAACUGCACAUAACUCAAAAAAUAUAAAAAUGUACUUAUCUUGUAUUGGUAGUCAGCCGACGAGAUGUUCUGUUGACCUGUAAUAUUUUAAAAAGGAUUCCUGUAACCUAGUGAUAAUCGGACGUAGCUUCCAUAUUUUAUCCUGCGGGUUCAUUUUGGUAUUAUCAGCACAGUUCACAAAAUGCAUUAUUUGAAUGAAUCUCAAUAAAAAAAAAUCCUGGAAGAAUAUUGGAACCAGAAACGAUAAGUAUGACCAGAAAACAUCUAAGUUCUUCCAUAAUAACGUGUGGAUCUGGAUAGUUCGCAAAUAGGCCGUACGUUUUUGUUUCUUCGAUAAUACCUUCGUCAAAGAAUAAUUCGAACAACCGGCUGAACUCAUAUCACGAAAUUCAGGAAAAUAUGACGAUUUUGUCAUAUAUCUAUCUCCAUGUCCUCUAGCUAUAUUUUCUUCCCUUUAGCGUUCAGCAACUCUUCAUGAAUUUCGAAGCCUAACUCUGGUGGUGGCUGCAAGUCGUCAACAACGUAUUCUUCUUCCAGAUCUGUCCCAGUCGGUUGUUCAACUCCACGGACCUCGAUCUCAGCAUCCUGAAAGAUUAUCAAUAAGUCCACCAUCAUCUUCGUCGAAACCGGGUGAGCGCAGGGACGCUUUUUGUUCGUCAAAGUACAGUACUACGUUUUGGAAGCAUUGAACUGUACAAGAUUGUUGCGUCCCCAAGCAGUGAUAGUCUCCAGGUCUCUUGUCAGAGAGGAAGUCAUCGCAAGUCUUCUUUUUUCCAACUCAGCGGCAGAGAUCGGCUUGUCACUCUGAAUUCCUGCAUGUAGAGUGCUGUCAUCAGCGAAGCUGUGGAUUGGGUUGAUCGUGCAAGAAAGGAGGUCGUUGAUUAGUAAGAGAAACAGUGUCGGAGCCAAGACCGAUCCCUGGGGAACACCCGCGUUGACGUUGUGGGAUGAAGAGGAGAACCCGUCAAUUACGACGGAUAUCUUGCGGCCAGAGAUAAAGUCAGCCACCCAUCUGCAAAGCUUUUCUGGGAGGCCAUAGGAUGGAAGUUUGCUUAAGAGGACAGCGUGCCACAGCUGAUCGAACGCUUUAGUGAUGGUCAAGAGCAACGACAUGAGCCUCACCAUAAGACUGGAUGAGCUUACUCCACAAUUGAGUGACGUAGCUAGGAGGUCCCCUGUGGAUCGUUGGUGCCGGAAACCAUACUGCCUGUCGCUAAUCAAGCCGUGACGUUCGAGGUAGUCCAGAAGCUUGCGAUUUAUGCACCUCUCCAUCUCCUUACUUAAAACCGAAAGCAGAGCUAUAGGCCUGUAGUUGUAAGGGUCGGCCUUAAAUCCCUUUUUUGGGAUGGGUUGGACAUGAGCAAAUUUCCAGUUUUCUGGGAAGGUGCCAGAUUCAUAAGAUAUCUGGAAGAGACGCGAAAGAACUGGAGCAAGCUCCGGUGCACACCUCUUCAGUACAAUGGCAGGAAUCAAGUCCGGACCAGAAGCUUUGUUGAUGUCGAGCGACAAGAACACUCGUCUGUGCCUAACUUUAAUAUCGUGCUGGUUUUUGGCAUUGCGAAUCGCUGCUUUAUAUUUGUUUCUGGACUCAACGUCGGCUUGUCUUUUGUCUACAGAACUCCCGUGCAAUGGCAAAAGAUAGUAACUUGUUUUUGUGACUUUUACAGAAAUCAAUGAAGAACAUUUCUACUCAAGCCGAUAAGUAGACUUAAGUCACUAAUAGUAGAAAAAGCCUUUUGGACAAGGACAAAAAUUUGCCCUUUCCAUCCAUUGAAACAAUUCUUGUUUAAAAACUGUCUUCAUAAAGUUAAAUUAGAUACUUUGUUUGGAAAUUUUAUUGUCAUAGAAUACAACAAGUAAAUACUACAGUAAAUAAAGUUACUUGUUUUUCACAUUGGAAUUCAAGAUCCUUGUCGAUUCUAUACAGUUUUAAGGGGCUGCGAAUUAGUAUUCUUGAAAAUCCAGGAUGCUGUUGCUUUUAUGCAGAUUCUCCCGAUCGACAUAAAAGAUCAGGAACAUCAUCAUUUGUUGGUAAUUGUCUCCAAAAUAGUUGUUUUCUGGAUUCCAUCGCAGGACAUAGUUCUUCAACUAUUUUUUGUUUUUUUGCUGUGUUGAUCCCUCUAUCAUUACUAUAAGCUACAGGCUGCUGAUUUAUAUCAAACUUACUCUUUAAAAAGUUCGCCUCAGCGUAUUCAGUCUCAUCAAACGAUGUUUUGUAGAAUAGAGACCUGGAACCUUUUCUGAACUCAGCAAUCUUGAUUUGGUCUAACAGCGGAAUAUUUACUUCCCCAGAUAUAUUUUUACGGCGUUGUUUGGAGCCAUCACUGUGACGCAUAACUAUUGGUUUAUUUUUCUUAGACGAUGCAUUUAUCACAUCAACAAAAUCAUUAACGUCCAAUAUUUGCUUACGCUUUCUCCACUCGCGUCCUAUUUGUCCAUGUACUGAAUCAGCCUUCAUAAAAGAAUGUCCUGGCUCAAAGUACUUCACAAUGAUGUUUUCCGGUCCCCAAUCUGCAUUCACCAAACAGGCAAACAUUGUAUACAACGUCCAGUUCUUAUUUUGGGCGGAGCAGUUAUCCAUCCAAAAGAUAAAAGACAUAACGUUUGGGUUAGAAUUUUUAAUGACAUGAUAGAACGUUGAGGCAAUAUCUGGAGCAUUGCGUCCUCUAGUAGCUUCAUGCCAGACAUAACACUUAUUAUCAUCUUUGUGCAAGGGAGCGAAUGUCUCGUUGACAGUCACUAGCCUUGGUAUGAAAAAUGACUCUUUAGUAGUCAUCUUGGGAAGGAGCAGAACUUUCUGUAGAUCUACAGUAUAAAUUUCAAUUCCUCUUUGCCAGUCACGGUCUUUAUCUUCCUUGUAAGCACGCCUAGUUGAAGUGUAGUGUGUCUUAUGCACAUUAUGCUUGAUACAAGUUUCACAUGCGGCAGGAUUAUGACUAAGAUCAACAGCUGUUUCUCCAUUAUGAAUUGAGUACUUACUACAAACUCCACAAUCAUCCUGAGAGGGAUGAUCGAAGCCAAUAUUGAGCUUAUCAACAACUUGUCUAUACUUCUCGUAUGAUAUUUUUUGUCUGCGCGUGCAAAAAUCUCUCCACAUAAGCGAAAUAUUUAUCUCAGGUGAAAGAUAUCGUCGUAAGGGAGCAUGGUCUAAUUUAUAAUGAGAAACAUAUGGAUGGAAAGAGUUUACAUGGUUCUCGAUUACGGUAUCUGUCAUAGCCUUUUGAAUUUGCGCAGAUCUUCUAGCUGAUUCUCCUCUUCUAUCUUUGAUUUCUACAUUGCUGUCUAUUCUCCUUCUAGCUUUAAGAUGUUGAAUGAUGAUGGAAUCAUUUCUUUGUCCUAAAGUAUGAAGAAACAUUGUUUUGCAGACUCUGAGUUCUGAUCGAGAAUCUUCUCCAUAUUGAGGUAGGUAGUACUUUAACGUGGAGGUUCUUUUAGAAAAGUUUCCCUGUGUAGUUCUAGUUUUGACGUUUUCUUCUUUAACAUAUGCUGUCAAAUACAACCUUCGUUGAGAAAAAUUCAGUUUCCAGAAGCUCUCUAAUAUUUUUUGCCUUGAAUAUUCAUCAAUUUUUGUACUGCAAUGCUUGCGACAAGAUUCCAAGCAAGGAGGAAGCAGCUUAUGUGAUUCGAGGUUCCUUCUCACUUUCUCUUUCUCUUUGCGAAGUCUUUUCAUCUUUUUAUUCGGAUUUUCAACAAUUUCAAAAACUGAUUGUAAUGCUGCCUCAAGCAUAUCACGUAAAUACAACUCAGUAGCAUCUUCAUUGUUAUUUGCGACCAGAGAGGAGACUUCUGGAAGGUCACCCAAAUGACUAACAACAGGUUUAUCGUUCAAGCUACUCGUAGAUGGAUUAGUUGGUGUUGUCUCGUUAUGGACUUUCGAAAUAUCAAGGAGCAAGUCCUCUGGACCAAAAUAAGAUUUAAUUUUCUUAGGGUGUUCCAGAGCUGGGUCGAAGUCUGGAUCAAGAUCAGAAUCAUCUACUUCUGAGUCGGAAUCGACUUCUUCAGGUAGCGACCUGAAAAAUAUACUUUUGUCCAUUUUAGGCUAUUCGCAAAAAUUUCUUGGUCAUAGUUAAACUACGCUCCAAUCAAACCAUUACAACUCGUGCAUUUUCAUGUUUACCUCUCUAAAUGUUAGUGAAACUAGGAUGAAACAGAAUGAAAUAACAAAUACCUAGUUGGUUUAUACUUAAGCUUCCAAUAGUUUUUUUUAAUCUUUGGGUAUGCAAUGAAUUACAGCAGGUUUCUUCUCAACUCGAAAUACGAUUGAUCAGUUAUUACUUUUUCUAUUCUGAUAUUACAAGUCUGACAACGUUGCAAUAGCUAUGGGAUCGGCAAAGCAGCCGUUGGGAAUUAUGAAAUGGGAGUGAGGUUACGCUAUAUUUUUAGCAUAUUCACGGAUUUUCAGGGCCAUCUGUACCAAACGCUUUCCUCGUGUGUUCAUGAUUUUGGAACUUAUACAAUGCGUUUUUAACUGAUUCACUCACAAAUGAUAUAUCUGUUGGUUAGCAAAACUAACUCCUACUAAUGUUGCCAAAUUUGUGCUGCAUUUACCAUAUUGAAAUAGGGCAACUAGAGAUACGUAGCAGUAUAUGACAAAUAACAGAACAUUUUGCUAUUCCAAAACACAGCAACUGCAGAUACGUUGCUUUCUUUUAGCAUUCAGCGCAUGACUGUGUAAAAUAACCGAACAGCUACCAGCAACUUCAAAUACAGUUUUUUGAUUUAGUAAUUCCAGCAAAACUGUGGGAGAUACGAUUCCUCCUAUGCCUGUAUCUAUGAUUCUAAUUGGCCUAUAAUAAAGUUAUUUGUAGUAGCAAAUAGCUCGGAAGGUGACCAAUCCAUCUGGCGCUACAAAGCCAAAACCUAGUAACUUGAGUUACUGCGUUUUGCCAUUGCAGGGGAGAGAAGGUUACGUGUGCCUGCAAGCCUUUAAGGAAUCUCUGGCCUGCGAGUACCAAUUGGCGAUAGCUUGCCAACUAGGUUGCUGGUAAACUCAGUGCCCUCGGGCUUGUCUACGCGGAUGUUAGGUAUUGGCUCUUCAUCUCUCGAAGCUAAUGCCAUUACCAUAUCGCCUGCUAUUCCUAAAGAGGGUACUUCCUCGAAAAGGUUAUGCGUGGCGACGGUGACACUAGAUGAGUGAUAUCCACCAAAUCCCUGAACAACGUGGACGGGCAAAGGAGGAAUCUCAAGUUGAGUUUCUUUUCCCAUGCUGUCGGUGUAAUUGCCAAUGUUACUAAGGUAAAUAAACAGCGGCUGUGGGAUGUUAAAAAUAACAUCUUUCACCGCUUUGUUGAAUUCUUUCUCCUCGGUAGACAAUUGACUGCUUUUGUUUUUAGCUUUGACGUCAAGCAGUCUAGACCAUAGAUAGAAUGUGCUAAGGUAACUUAGCUCUUCUUUAGUUAUCAUGCGCUCUAGUUGCUUCUCAUCGGCUAAAUACGUUGAAUAUAGCUCGGAUGACACGUCUACAACCUUGCGAAGUUCGCGCUAAAACGUUGUUCUGGCUCUUUCGGCAUCAGGGACAUUUCUGGCCCAAAUAUUGCGUUGGAAGCAAGAUCAUCGUUCAUCUGCGGCGUUGCUUUCUUCUGCGGGUUGGUUGGUGCUGGUAAGUCUGGCUUCGAUGGCCCCUUACUCUUAUCUUGAGCAUUAUUCAUUGAUUUGUCGCUGCCCUUGGAUGCAUUUGGGUUCCCCUUACUCUUAAUCUUAUUGAUAUCAAAGUUUUAAGGUUUACCCCUGUAUCCGGGUGCGAUCUUGCGAAUUUCGUCUGCGGUAUAUAGCUUUUCCAUCUUGACGGUUCGCUGAAACUAUUUAUCCCUAUCAGGAUCCAGGUUUCAAACUGCGUAUAUGCGUCCGGUUCAAGUAAGCACCGUAAAAAGUACAGGGAUUUGUCUAAAAUGUCAUUUGAAAUUACGUCUGCCAAUGUGACCAAAUGCUCACACCAGGUUUUGAUAGUUAAUAAUAAAUGUAUGGAGGGAAGAUGUAGUUCUCAGAUAAAACAACUGCAUUUGUAGUCUCUCAGGAGACAAAGCCUUCAGCAACCAAGUAAUUAAAUGACAGCCACGUGGCUACUUUUUAUUGGAAUACUCACUUGGAUGAUUAACAGUGUUAUUCUCUUAUAAUUACAAUGAUAUUCAUAGGCUAUAUUUUUUUCGUGUUUUGUUAUGACAAUUCACACACAUUGUUUGCGUUGAUCCAUUAUUCGUACCAUAUUCCACUCAAAAGUAACAGUAUCUAUAAAUAUAGACAACAAUUUUCUGUGUUGAUCACAUUUUGCCAAUUUUUCCGUUAGUCGAUGUAUAAGAGGUUCAAUAUCCAC